ACUGAGCGCUUUUAGUCAGAAUACUUCUCGUAGUUGGCUCGUGAAGAGGAUAUUCCAGCUGCGGAUCGUCCUGAGUGUGUGAAAAAGUGAUAAGAAGAACGAAGCAAAAAUGGCUAACGCCACAGAAGCACCAGUAAUCCUGAUCGAUUACAUGACUGUGAACUCUUCAGUGCAUAUUCCUGCGCAAUACGAUGUGACCAUCGCAGACGCAGCGUAUAUUGUUACGCAUUCGUUAAUCCUUAUCACGAUGCAAACUGGAUUUGCCCUCGUCAACGCCGGAACGGUAGGAGUUCGAAACAGUGUGAACAUGAUGAUGAAGAAUACAGUGGAUACAGCUAUCGGUGGUUUUGCGUUUUGGCUGGUUGGUUUCGGUUUGGCCUACGGAAGAAGUGCUUACUCCAACUUUUUGUUCGGCUGGGGAGAUUUCUUCGUGGAUGUUGCAAAAACUGACCCCCUGAUGGGAGGUGUGAUGACUGCGUUUAUGUACGAGAUUUCGUUUUCAUCAUCAUCUACAACUAUUGCCAGCGGUGGAAUGGCUGAACGGUUCAACUUCCGAGCAUACUGCUUCUUCGCUUUCUUCAACUCGAUCAUGUACGCCUUGUGCGCUGGUUGGGUGUGGCGUGAGAACGGAUUCCUGUCCAUGUUGGGCGCCGUUGAUAUUGCCGGAGGUGGUCCAGUGCACAUGCUAGGAGGUGUAUGCUCGUUUGCAGCCGCGGUAUUCCUCGGACCGCGAAUUGGCCGAUUCGAUAGAGGAAACCGCCAUCUUCCAAUGGGAAAUGUUUUGAUUGCCUUCUUGGGCCUGUUCAUUCUUUGGUGGGCGUGGCUUUCCUUCAACACGGCCAGCAGCUUCGGUCUUAGCCGUGGUCGAUGGGGUUACACGAUUCGUGCAGCCGUUAUGACCAUGCUGGGUUCGAUGGGAGGUGGAGUGGUAGCUUGCAGCUAUUCUUUGAUUGAAAACAAAGGCAAGGCGCAACCCUUCCAAAUUAUGAAUGGUGUUCUCGCUUCACUCGUAUCCGUAACUGGUGGAUGCUAUCUGUUUGAAUCGUGGUCAGCUGUUCUUAUUGGAGCAAUUGGCUCAUUGCUGUGUUUGCUGAGCAUGAGGCUGAUGGACAAAUUCAAGAUUGAUGAUCCUCUGUACGCUUGUACCGUCCAUGGAGUAGGAGGUGCCUGGUCUUUGAUUUCCAUUGGUCUUUUUGCCAUGAAUCCAGAACCAAUGUCAACUACUGGUGGAAGAUCAGGACUACUUCUUGGAGGAGGAUUCAAUCUACUCAUUUCGCAGUUGGCUGAAAUGGCUACUAUUCUUGUAUGGGGACUACUCGGAACGUGGACCUUGCUGUGGGUAUUGAACAAAUUUGUCCGAGUACGUUUAACACCAGAGGAAGAACUUAUGGGAGCAGAUUUGUCAGAACAUGAUGUAGAUCAUGCAAGGAACGCACUUGAAGAAAUGAAACCACUGUGGGAACGGGAGGUUGAACUUAGCGACGGAUUGAAUUACAAACUGUCGAAGGCAAUGUUCAUCGCCAAGGACAUGACCGCGGGAAUGUACAAAGGAAACAUCAACAACGCAUUCAAUGACGGAACUGUAGUUCAACUGGACAUGAGUUUCAAGGAGCAGUCACAAAUUAAUUGUGGCGUCAACUGACAUUAAUCUGUUGUCGUUUUUUGCGCGGCUCUGCAUUGGUGUCACACCCAUUACGCCGUUUAAGUAUCAGAUCUGUUCGCUAAUAUUUAUUCGGAAUAAGUUACUCACCUAUACCGCAUUAUGUUUCAGUAAAUAGUUGUAUUAUCUUUUUUGGGAGAACACAGUCAAUUUAAAAUUGUUUUGAAACUUCAGUUCUCUCCAGUCCAGUCCAGUUUUUUUUUUGUAGUUUAAGCGAACGAUACUGACGAUCAUGCGGCCGUACUUGAGUUCAUUUUCACUGAUGUAGCAUUUUAUAAAAAACGACAUGAAAUUACCCUAGCUUUAAGGACCCCAUGUGAUAGUUAAAAGAAUUAAUUUAUUUUUUUAACCAUCGGCAGUGUUUGCCAAAUAUGCGAAACUGUGCCCACCAGCUUCAGUGAGUAGGAAAAAUAUGAAAGAGGCAAAAUUAAGAAUAUGACAAACUUAAUAACGAAAAGCAAGUUAAAGAAGCUUAAUAAAAUCAAAAGAAUA